CUAUAUUAUUUUAUCAAAUGGGUGACAAAAAUAGGCCAACAAAGUUAAUAAAGUUUGACCCUGUUAAUAGUGAAUGUAAAGUUUAUUUGUGGAUAGAGGGAGUAUAUUAUGCAUACCUAAAUAUAAUACGCUUUCUAAUUUGGUGUGAAGAAGAAGAAGAAAUGGCCGCCGCAUCAACGCCACAGCGCCACCUACUCCGGCUAGUUCUCUCCUGCCGCAAAAUCACAGCUCAGGUGACCCACCCCGAGACGGCCUCCAUCAUCGCCAUGGCUUCAUCGGCCGAGACGGAGUUCGCGGCCCAGAACCGAGCCAAGCUGGACCGCUUCCCCAGGGCCCACAACUUGUGGGAUUCCAAGAUCGCCGCCAGAGUCGGCGAGAAGCUCGGCCACCGCCUCAAGGAAGCCCGCGUCUCCCUCGUUGAGAUCGAUCACCGGGAAGAACUCGCCAGGCCCGUCCACCACCGUAAGAUGGUGGCGCCGCUUUUCGACGCCGUCAAGCGCGCAGGUAUCGGCGUCGCUGGAGGUGAGAAAUUAGAGCCCUGGAAUCUAAGUUAGUUUCUGGGCCGGGCCGGGCCGUGUACGUAUUCUAGGGCUAUAGUUAAAAUUGCUAUAUAUCUGGGCUUUUACCUACUCCUUUUUUGUAUCUCAAAAAUUUUGUUCCGGAUUUUGUGUUAAUAAAAGUUAAAUAAUUAA